AUGAUAAGAUCAGAUCGCUUUAAUGCACCAAUUGCAGUCCAUUCAUCAUUUAAUUGUGGUGAACUUGAAUAUGCAUAUAAUUUUGAACAGCCUUAUCUGGCACUGACAGAUAUUAGCAAUAGUAACCAUAAUGAUAACGACGACAACGACAACGACAACGACGGUGAUGAAGCUAUCGACGUACCCCAGACCCUCGAGCCAGAGCAGUACAAAUACGAAUUCCCUCCAAAAUCCUACCUCAGGGCACUCGCUUAUCUCGACAAUAACCAGAAUUUUUCUUUCUUUGACGAAACAUCAUUCACAACUUCUACCAGCACAACUGCGGCUUACUCGGUCAUGCUUGGAUCAGAAGGCGGAGACUCUGGCUCUUUUCUGGGCUACUAUUCGUCCUUUCUCUCAAACAGCACAGACCGUCCAGAAGAAAACCUUGCCGAUAACCACAACGAUAAUGUCCAAUCUACCCGCAUGACAUCUUCACUAUCACCAAUACCUCGACAGCAACAUAGACCCACCCCAACUGCACAUUCAUAUUCAUAUUCGAAUUCACAUUCACAUCCACACUCACAUUCUUCAUCAUUAUUUUAUUCCUCUUCCUCUUCCUCUUAUUCUUAUCCUCCAUUUGAUACAAAUAACGCACCCAACAAGCUCCGUAAUAUCAACCAUUACAGCCAGCACCAGCACCAGCACCAGCACCACAAUAGUAACAGUAGAUUAUCAUUGUCAAUCCGGCAGUCCCGAAAACACUCAAACUCAAACCCAAACCUAAACUCAAACGCAAACGCAAACGCAAACGCAAACGCAAACGCAAACGCAAACGCAAACGCAAACGCAAACGCAAACGUAAACGCAAAUACAAACUCAAACUCAAACUCAUCAAAUGCUCAAUCUCGAUCUCGAUCUCGCGAACUCUCAUCAGAUUCAGUAUCUACCGUCACCCAGUCAAACACUUAUCACCAGCCCGUCCACCCUUCAUCGUUCUUGUCCGUCUCUCCAAACUCUAAAAGUCUGGCUCGCGUAAUCGAAGAAGACGAAUACGAAUACGAAGUAGUAGUCGGAGAAGAAGAUGACGAUGACCAUGAAAUGAUUUGGCAAGAAGAAUUGUACUCUCCACUAAUGCAGUACAACAACAACCGUGUGACUCCAAACAGCAGACAAAACUGGCAUUCUAGAGAUUCAUCUUGUGAUAACAUUUCAGACCGAGACCUUUCUGACCAAGAUGAUCUCGAUUUACCAGUCUACUGGAAUGAAUCAGAGCCAAUAAGAGAUGACAUUAGCAGUAGAGACAUCAAUGACAAUAACAGUGACAUUUGCAGUGAGCCCACAAUUAUUCUCAUCCGACUCGGCCGAGCUCAGUCCAGCCGUAUGACUAAAGGCCGCUGUCCGACAACAGUUACAGUCUUUGGCAGUGAUGAGGGCUACGAUGACGAAGAUGAUGACGAGAAUGACGACACAAAAGAAGAACCUAUUGAGUCGUGUUCAAUAUUCUUACCAAUUUCUGGCGACCAGCAACCCGACCAACAAGACCAAGAAUUUGAAGUUGAAAUUGAAUCCGAAGCUGAAGAACGAGAAGAGAUUGUUGAAGACCAAGGCCAAGAAGACCAAGAAGAAGAAGAAUGGUUUGAUUCAGACCAUAUGGCUGCCAUUAAAAUACAAUCUGCCUGGAGAGGUUACUGGGCCAGAAAAUCCAUCAGGACAAGAAAUCCAAAUACACUUGGAGCUGAACUUGUUCUGGGAGUCGUUCGAUUAUGCGGCAGUGUUCACCAGCGCCAGAUGAAAGCGAUGACCAGACGGCUUGAAAACCUUGAACGACGGUUACGGGAAGAAACGGCGAUGCGAACUGAAUUUGAAAAGGCAGUAGCAGACAUGACCGUGUUGAUUGAUAGUCAGCAAAAGGCGUUGUGUGAGCGAGUUGAGCAGGAGGUUGCGAUGCGGGAAACAUACGAGCACAAGAUUGAACUGGCACUUUUGCACAUCGGACCACUCGAGGAUCAAUUGAGAGCAGAAACUGACGCACGCGUGGCCAUGGAAGAUCGAAUUGAACGCGUGCUUGACCAGAUGGCAGAACUUGGACAGGUUCAGGUCAACCAGGAAUUGGAAGCAGCUGAGUCUAGAAAGCUGAUGCAAGCACAGAUUGAUUCUCUUCAGCAGAUGCAAGACCUUAAGACCAACCAACAACAACAACAACAACAACAACAGCAGAAGCAAUCAAUACAGCAGCCAGCUCAAGUUCAAAUGCACCAAAAAACUUUGACAAGUGUCAGUAAACCAAGACUAGUCAGUUCACGGAUAGCUCCAAAAACAUCUGUUACGUCUUCUGGUAUAUCUGUCAAGCCGCGUCGUACACUUGUCCCUCCUUCUUUGCCACCUUUGAAAGCGGGCCAUCUUAAUACUAAGCCGAAUGUAUCAGGAACAUCUACAGUAACCAAUGCCGCAAGAAAAACUAAUAGCCGAAGAUGA